UUGUCAAAGGCGUCGGGUUCAACCCUCUUACCGGACGUGUGGCCGACGGUCUCCCGGUCCAACGCCGCCCUGUCCCCGCUGCCAUCUUGCGGAUCAGUCGCCUCGUGUGGCGGGGGACUCGCGGCGAGCUCACCCGGGAUGUGCGGCCGGGGGAACGGCCUGAUGUGCAGCAAGCCCCGGUGUCCCGCUCGGGGAUCAUUCAACCGGCAGACGCAGGUAACGAACGGCGGGAGGAGGCUCGCGUUCGACGGGCACAAAACGUUCUGCUCGCCGACCGGAGCUGAGAGUCCGGAGGGAGGGAGCUCUGGCCGGCAACCCGACGUCUCGGUGGUGGGCAUCCCGGACCCGAUCACAUGGAUCCGGUGUAAAGUGAUCUUGCUCCUCGUUGAGCUCUGCUUUGACCUGGAUGUCAAUUCGAAUGACUUUGAAAGAGGAGUGAAGCAGGUUUUGAAACCCGAAUUUGAAAGCCGUAUCUGUCUGUGUGUGUCAGGCGUGCACGUUUCCAGCUUGAUGUCCAAAGGAAAAUACUGUGAACUCAUUGGCGUGGUUUCCACUGAGUCCGAUAGGUGUCAGCCUCUCUCGCAGCAUCACAGGCAGCAUCUGGCCGUCUUCACGGACUACAUCAUAUUUGUGUUACCGCAGGACGUCUCCGUCGUCGUUGAUACGCAUGGUAGAAAGUUUUGCACUGUCAUCAUGAGGCUUUGGCAUCUGACGACACUGGAUGGUCCCGACGACCCUGAAGGCACCAGAAUAUUCCGAGUAUCCCCCGGACCAGAAAACCAUCCCGCGGAAGAAAGUGGCCACGGCUGUCUACUAGUUCCAUCGUGAGUUGACAAAGGGAGCGUCUCAGCGUUUGGAACUGGAAAACAACUGACUGAACGUCAUCAGAAAAAAAGCCAAUGGAGGAUUUGAAAACUUUUAAACCAGAACCCAAAGAUGCUCUGGUCUCGACCCACUACGUAUACACGAAUGCCCUUCUCAGCCCUUUAAAUUCUCAUGAACUUAUUUAUAUGAUUCCAUCACUUUUUAAAUGUAUUUAAAACUCCA